UCUCAAUCUAGGUCUACAAAAUUCAGACAAAGAAAGAUGCAAAGCCCAGUUAGGUUUUCGAGCUGCAGAGGAGUAGAGUUUGAAAUCAAACCUCAUCCUGAUCCGUUUGCUUUUCCUGCACCCACCAAAGAUGAGCAAAAAGGCAGCAGCAGCUUUUGGCUUUCUUUGUUUCAAGGCAACUCCUCCAGAAUUUUCCCUUCUGCUGUUCAAAGGUCUGCCAGCCGAGCCAGUAGCCAUUACUGUGAUCUUGACUUUGAAAACGACCACCACGAUGAAGAAGCCAUCAGUUUACAAAUAUUAGAAGAAGGAAAAAAAGAGGAGAAAGAACUUAAUGCAAACCCUCUUCCUUCUGCUAGUAAGCGAGAGCAACAGCCUAAGCCUGCUCGAAAGCCACAAUCAAGACUGUCCAUUAUUCUUCUCGAUCAAGGCUUGUUUACAGUUUACAAGCGGCUUUUUGUCGUUUCAUUGACUUUAAACAUAACCUUUUUGGUUCUUGCAGCCACUGGUCACUUCCAAUAUGCAAGAAACAGAGCUGCACUCUUUUCAAUAUGCAAUAUUUUUGCUUUGACGCUUUGUAGAAGCGAGGCCUUUCUGCGAGUUGUUUUCUGGCUUGUAGUUAAACUACUGGGAAGAUCUUGGAUACCUAUCCCAAUCAAGACUGCUACUACCUCUCUUCUUCAAAGCCUUGGUGGAAUACAUAGCAGCUGUGGUAUUUCUUCUAUUGCUUGGCUUAUAUAUGCUUUAGUUCUCACUCUUAAGAAGAGAGACUAUACAUCCUCAGAGAUAAUAGGUGUAGCCUGCACCAUUUUAGCACUUCUCUGCAUAUCUGCUUUAGCUGCAUUCCCUCUAGUACGACAUCUCCAUCAUAACGUAUUUGAAGGACUUCAUCGAUUCGGUGGAUGGACAGCUUUAGCUCUUGUAUGGGUUUUUGUUAUCCUCACUGUCUCUUAUGACCCAAUAUCCAAAUCCUAUAGCAAUGAUUUUGGCUCCAGAUUGAUAAAAAAAGAAGAAUUUUGGUUCACAGUAAUCACAACAUUUCUAAUCGUACUUCCAUGGGUAACAGUUAGACGUGUACCUGUCAAGAUAUAUGCUCCUUCUUCAGGUCAUGCCAGUAUUAUAAAAUUCCAAGGAGGUGUUAAGUCUGGUAUUCUUGGAAGGAUUAGUCCAUCCCCAUUAAGAGAAUGGCACGCUUUUGGAAUAAUUUCUGAUGGGAAAACAGAACACAUGAUGUUAGCAGGUGCAGUUGGUGAUUUCACCAAGUCACUAGUUUCAAACCCACCAAGCCACUUGUGGGUUAGACAAGUGCACUUCGCAGGCUUGCCUUAUUUAGUGAAUAUGUUCGAAAGAGUUCUUUUAGUGGCUACAGGAUCAGGUAUUUGUGUGUUCUUGUCUUUUCUUUUGCAGCCUAGUAGAGCUAAUGUAUGCAUGCUUUGGGUGACCAAAGGAGUAGAUCAAAACUUUGGUAAAGAGAUUAAAGAAAUGAUGAGUGGACAUCCUAAAGACAAGGUAAUUAUACAUGACACGGCUGUAUUGGGUCGCCCCAAUGUGGCUCAGAUGAGUAUUGAUGCUGCUAAAAAAUGGGAUGCUCAAGCAGUCGUUGUUACAAGCAAUCCUGAAGGAAGCAGGGAUGUGGUUAAUGCUUGCAAGGCUGCUGGUUUUCCUGCCUUUGGUCCUAUCUGGGAUUCUUGAAUUUUAUGCUGAGAUCGA